AUGCAAGCAAAAGCGCGGUUUACCAUGUUGAGGAGGCAACUGGCUCUAGCUACUCUGCUUUCUUUCGCCAUUGCCUUCUACAUGCUCUUCAUCAUCUACAGCAUCCGGGUGAAGUCACCGCCUCCAUCUUCCUCCAACAUCACCACUGCCCUUACCGGAGCAGCUCCCCCGCGUCCCCGAUUCAGCUUGUUGGUCGGGAUCCUGACGCGUGCUGACAAGUACGACCGCCGCCACUUCCUCCGCCUGGUCUACGGGAUCCAGUCCUCUCCGGUAGCUGACAUAGAAGUGAAGUUUGUGUUCUGCAGUCUCACUAAACCUGAACAAAGGGUGCUCGUAUCGCUUGAGAUCAUGCGAUUCAACGACAUUAUCAUACUCAACUGCUCUGAAAACAUGAACAGCGGCAAGACUUACACGUACCUGUCGUCUCUCCCCCGCAUCCUUCCUCGCCGCUACGACUAUGUCAUGAAAGCAGACGAUGAUGUUUUCUUGAGGCUGGAACCGCUUGCGCGGUCACUUGAGCCGCUACCAAGGCUGGAUUUUUACUACGGGUUUGUGAUUCCUUGUGGGAGCAUGAACCCAUUCGUGGAAUACAUGUCCGGGAUGGGUUUUCUGCUGUCCUGGGACAUCAUCGAGUGGAUUAAUCAGUCCAGUAUUCCGAGAAAUGAUACCUUCGGGCCAGAGGAUAAGCUGGUGGGAAGAUGGUUGAAUCUUGGGAAGAAGGCUAAGAACCGGUUUUCAAAUAAGCCUGCAAUGUAUGACUACCCUGGAACUAAUGGAAGGUGUUCACAUGACCUUAUUCCAGAGACAGUGGCUGUUCACAAGCUUAAGAGGUGGGAUCAGUGGCUGCAUGUACUUACAUUUUUCAAUGUAACCAAGGAACUCCUGAAAUCCAAUCUCUACAGUGUAUAAUUGAAUUGUUAAGCAAAAAUGAACAGUCAAUCAAGCAUAUUGCUCAACCUA